AUGGCCCUUUUCCUAUCCCUUCUCCUCCUUGUUCGCCUGUACGGUGCCACUGCCCUCGCCGAACAUGGAGAGGAGUACUCAAAGUCCAUGGGCCCAAUAGCUUUCAUGUGGCCUCCCGAUAGAGUGUGGGAUACAGAUCACGACAACAGUGCCCCCUGCGGCACGCCAUCAGGAGUGGCGAACAGGACUGAUUUUCCGUUGCUCAAUGGUCAAGUUGCAUUGGUAGCGCAGGAUGAGUCUUGGUCGAUUCAGGUUGCCGUCUCUUAUAAAGACAAUCCGAGCUCGAAUGAUGAUUUCGAGCCAGUGAUUGCGGCGACACGGAUCCCAUCCUUGGCAGAAGGACAUCAAUGCUACCCGCUUCCAAAUCCGCCAGCGGAUGUCGAAGCUGGUUCGAAUGCUACAGUGCAAAUUAAGUACCUCUCGGAAUUCGACACUGAAAAAAACCAAACAUUUUACGCUUGUGCGGAUAUCACCUAUGUCCCGACGAGCGCAUUCACUUACCAAGUUCCCUGCUUCAACGCCACUGUUGAUGACUACUCCAUGUCCGACAGCGAUAGCGGUGAUGAUACUGCCAAUGCAACCUCUUCGGCAGCUUCAUCCGGGGCGUCUGCGACAUUGGGUGCCACCACCGAGACUUCAAAAUCAUCUUCAUCAGGUCUCUCUGGAGGUGCCAUUGCAGGCAUAGUGGUUGGCGUUGUGGCCGGUGUCGCCAUUAGCAUCGCUGCUGGUUUGCUCUUGUGGCGCCAUAGUCAAUUGAAGAAGCGAGCUCGUCAGCAGGCGGCAUCGGUCCGAGCAGUCGACUGGGAGAAAUCCAUGCAAGGAUUGCCAACCACCGCAUAG